GCUGGUGCUGGUCUUCGUCUUGUUGCCAUCGUGUGCAUUGUACAGUUUUAUCGCGUUCGUCAGACCGUGCAGACGCACACAUUCCAUUGACUCGUCCGUAUCCGCGCGGUGGGAUCGCGUUUGUGUUGUGCUGUAGCAUGUAGUGAGCCAAAAAAGUCCUACUCUUCUACUCGCCGUGUGUCGUCGUCGUCAUCGUCCGAUUGCUGUUUUGUGCCGUCGUCGUCGUCGUUGGUUGCCGUUUCACCAUCAUUCCAGUGUGGAAAGCAAAAAAUAAGUUACAAAUUUCGGAAAACAUUCCACACGAAACGGAUCGGAAGUGCGGAAAGUGUAAAUACACGUAAUAUCGCGGUUCGAUACCGAAGUUGGCCAGUGCAGUUUGGUGUUUACGAAAUGUGACUUGGUGUCGAAUUAUUGUUGGUGAAGGAAAAACGGUGUUUUCCAGCGUUCUACUGUAAGUGCCAGCAAGAAAACCAGUCGCAUAGGCGUGAGUGCGGCUCAGUGAAUAGAUUUAAAGGGCUGACGGACAGCUCUGAGAUCCCACCAGGAGACCAUCCAACAGGCAUCAUCGCUAAUAUUAUGACAGAGACGAGAAGAACCGGUGGCAGUCGCAUCAGUAGCAGUAGCAGCAGCAGCAGCAGUGACAGGGAAACCGUCAGAAGAUACCGGCGAUAUUAGUGCGGCUUCCCUUCUACCUCCCACAACAUUCAAGUGACAGUGUGUUGUAGGGAAACCGAGAUAGCAAGUGGGUGCGUGUGUUUGUGAAGUGAAAAACCGGGUUCGGAACGGGAAGUGUGCUUGAAGCGGCGCAAAAGAAGCAAGCAAGUAAUCAGUACGGAAGGGCACACGCAACCAAAAGCCACCCACAGAAUACCGAAGCCAACCCCCCCGGCCCGUCCCACUGUGUGCCACGUUGGGUGCGGGGCCGCGGUGAAAGAUGGAAUUGAAAGUAUGGGUCGAAGGAAUACAGCGCAUUGUUUGUGGAGUGACGGAAGUCACCACUUGUCAGGACGUGGUGUUCGCCCUGGCCCAUGCCACCGGGAAAACCGGCAGAUUCACCCUCAUCGAGCGGUGGCGCAACAACGAACGGCUGCUGGCCCCGCACGAGAAUCCGCUGAAAAUUCUCAUGAAAUGGGGCGAAUACUCCAGUGAUGUGCAGUUCAUACUGCAACGGUCCGAGCAGAAAAAGGAUCAAAGUCAACAGAAUGCUAAUAUUAAUAACAAUAGCAAUAGCACCCCCGUUCAACAGCAGCAGCAGCAGCAGCCACAGCAGAAUACUCUUACCAACAGCAUCAGCCACCAGCAGCAGCUACAACAACACCCCCAGUCACAGCAGCAGAUCCUUCGGCAGCAGCAAAAGUUGAACCAGUUGAAUAACAACAACAUCACGCUGGACGAUGCAAAGAGCAAGUUGGUCCAGAACAACCUGAAGAAUAGUGCCGGCAGCGGAAAUGACCCCUACGGAAAACAGCAGCCAGAAUUGAUCAGCAAUUGUGUGCCCCCGCUGGAGCGGGGAAAGGAAACGAGGAAGAGCCUCAACUCAGGAUCACCACCAAGCUUGAAGGCCGUCGGUAGCACCAAUAACAACAACAACACCAUCAUCAAAAGCUUCAGCAAUAGCAAUAUCCACAGCAACAACAACCACACCACCACCCCCAUCGGUGCCGGUACCGUCAAGGUCGAAAACAUUGGCAUAGUGAAGGGGAUCCCGCAGCAGAAGUCACCCCACAACAGUACCAGCUCGAGCGGAAGCAGCACCAGCAGCAGCAGCAUCGGUGUGGGCGGAUGUGCAACCAGUGGUAGUAUUAGCAGUAAUCACCAGAACAAUGUGGAAGCAACGUAUGCCAGUGUUAUCAAGAAGCCCAAGGGUCAUCACCAGCAUGUCCCCGGUGGCGGUGGCAGCAAUGCCAUUGUUGGGGAAUUUAAUGCUGCCGAUCUCCGAAAUUCGUUGGAUCGCAAGUUGAACGGACUGCUGUAUAGUAACGGAAUCAAUACCGGUGGACACCAUCAUUCGGGGCCACCGCAGCACCUUCAUCAUCCCGCCGGCGCAACGAGUACCGCCACCACCACCACCACCAUCGUGGGGGCCACCUUGAAGGACGCAACUUCUCGGUUCGGUGGCGGUCUUCCUGGCGGGGGAGGUCAUCACUUGAGCAGUAACGAUAGUUUACUACUAGAUAGCAGUAGUAUUAGUAGCGUUAGCAGUAAUAGCAAUCACAAUCUUCUCAUUGGCAAUAGCAGUAGCAACAGCAAUUCGCCCAUCACCGGAAUCUCAUCUAAUGGUGCUUUGGUUCCUCCGCCAUACCGCGAUCCGCCGCCGCCGAGAAAUUCGCCCCUAUCCCACAAGCUAGACAACUUGAAUAACAGCAAUCCGAACGCCAGCAUCAGUAGCAAUGGUAGCGGUAAUAGUCAAACCCUCAACAAUCUCAAUAUCAACAGGAAACUCGAGAAGGAUAGUAUCAACAUGAAUCUGGCACUGAAUGCUGCGGCAGCGGCGGCGGCGGUGGCAGCGGUGGGGAACAGUGCAGCUGCUGGUGGCAGCGGAGGCAGCAUUGGCAGCGGGAGCAUCAGCAGUGGAGCUAGCAAUGCUAACGAGUUGCUUCUGUUGAGCGAACUGAACCUGAAUGAUGGGCCUCUGCAGAACACGACACAGUACAGGGAUCUAAUACAGCUUAUCAAGUACCAGCGGGAGAAAAUCAAUACCCAGCAGGCGGAUCUGUCAAAGUACGACUCGGAGAUCCAGUACCUGGAGAGCAAAGGCCGUGAGCAGCAGGAGAAGCUCGAAGCCAUCACCCAGGAGAUCAACAAAACGGAUCAAGUCUACCGGCAGGGCAACGAGCAACUGCAAACGCUCCAGUACGUCGAGGAGGAAGGCGAGCUCGUGCGGCAGCAGGAGAAGACUCUCAAAUCGGAGAUCACCCUGCUCCGCUCGAAGCUGGCCAACUGCGAGACGGAACUGCUGCAGUGCAAGAACAAGAUCCGGCUGCUGAUGGACGAAAUCCAGGUCGAGCAGCGCAAGUAUUGCCGACAGUAUGACUCUAAUCGUGCACAGUUAGAACGUCAUCUAAUGUCUGAAGUUGACAGGAUCCAGCUGGAGAUUGAUCUGGCCAUCCAGAGCACGGACCACGCGGGCAAGGCAACCGACAAGCUGAAGAGCGAGGUGGCCGGCAUCGAGAGCAACAUUGCGGAGAAGAAGAAACAGGUCGAACAGCUGGUGCACGAGAUGAAGGAAGUCAACCUGCAGAGCCUGGCGGUGGCACCGGCCGACGAGGUGCGACAUCUGCUGGAAGUUGGUUCGGUGAAGCCCGGCAGUACCCGGAGGAUGAUCGGAUCGCCGAGACAGCUGGAAAAUGCGGUGCCUACCAGUAAGAACCCUCACGGAGUCUGGGUCUAAGGAGGGAAGACACGACCGAUAGCGCGACUGCGACAUAACAGUCCGUCAGUGGCAUGCAAUAAGUUAAUCAACCAAUUGUGAUAUUGUUGUUUAAGAAAUCGAAACAAGAGAGAGAGAGAGCUGCUAGGGAGAAUUUCAGAAAAAAAGAAAGGGAAUUGCUAUACAUUAUCGGGCUUUGCAGCUAUUAGAAAGUUACAGAGUCACAUACACAUAUGCAUACAGAUCCACAUCAAACGAAUACGAACCUUCAUCAAAAAUGGCCUCAUGUUUUCUACACACAAAGCGAUUUAUUUUUAUACAUGCGUAGACACCUAUAUAGACUGUUAAACUACUGAAUCUACUUUUUCUAAACUACUUCACGUACUGUUUUUUGGUACAGAUAAGUUCUCAUUUCUGACGAGAAAAACUGCAGCCAUCAUCAGAUAAACACACGCAGAGAAGUCUUUAUUCACACACGAUAAUCAAAAUUCCGAGUCCCAAGGGUCCAAUCAAAUGCGUUACUUGGCGCGGUACAUUUGAUCAAAUCAAAUUGUUCGUCAAAACGCUCGCAUUCCACACGCAUCGUUUUGACAUUAAAUUAUCCAUCACAUUCCCACAUUUCGUUUUGGCGAAGCAAAACAAGCAAAACAAAUAUAAUUGACAAACAAACAAAAAAAAAAAAAAAACAAACACCACAACGCAAUAAUGGCCUCACAAAAGCGCGCGCUGAAUUGUUGUAGUUUUACACAGUUAGUUAUACAUCUUUGAUUGUGAACGCAGAUCGAACAUUCCUCCUCCAGCGGUUUAAGUUGUUUAGAAUUUGACUGUUGAAACAUUUUCUUUGGCAGCCAUAUGUUCUAUAUUUAUUGCUUUAGUAAAGCGAAGGAAUUGGUUGCUGAAACCAUCCUUCACAACCUACCUUCUGGGUAGACGGUGAAAUUCGGUUUCCAGGCCGCGCAUUCCGAGCAGCUGUAAAAAUUAGUUGAACAGUUUAGAAGGUAGCAUAGGUUUAGAUAGUUUUAUUUUACCUUGAUUACAACCCAGCUAUAGACGAUAAGAAUAUGCCAUUUUUCAACCGUCACUCUGUGCAGCACAUUGUUUUUAGAUUUGCAAAAUUAUUUUAGCUAUUGUAGCUCCCUUAGAUAUUAUGCAAGAAUAUUUAUAGUGAAUCUAAAUCUAAAGCAUGAAAGGAUUUCAAAAGCAACUACUUGAAACAAUACAAAAGUAGGUAAAGGAAUUAACUAAUUAAAAAAAAUAA